ACUCUGCGUCUCGGAAUAUGACGGCAAGAAUACAGCAGCAAAGAAUGGUUCCAAAAAAUCAAUUAAAAAAGCUAUAGCUUCUCGAACUACGGAGGAUAUCGAUAUGAAAGUACCCGUAUCUGAUGAAGGCAUUCCAAUUGUUAAAAAAAAGGGCAAAACAAAUGGAAAAAAAACGGCUAUAAUUAAAGAAGAAUCGGAAGAUUCAGAGAGUGAUGUUCCACUGGCUAAAUUAAUGUCUGGAAAGGACUCCGAAGUUGAUAUUAAAAAACCAACUAUUAAGACUACUUCCAAAAAUGUAGCAAAUGCCAAAAUGCCCGACUCACAACGCAAAAAGAAAAAGGAAGAUUCACCAGAAGAAAGUAUGUCUGCAAAGAAACGAGGGAAACAAAAAGUAAAGGAGGAAGAUUCCGAUAAUGAAGAUGAUGAAGAAUUUAAAUGGUGGAAUCAACAAAAUGACAACAAUGACGGAAGCGAUAAAUGGACUACAUUGGAACACAAUGGUGUAUACUUCCCUCCGCCGUAUGUUCCUCAUAACGUCAAAAUGAAAUAUGAUGGCAAGGAGAUUACUCUUGAACCUGAAGCUGAGGAAGUGGCCAGCUUCUAUGCUGCUAUGUUGGGUACAGAUUACGUCACUAACGAGACAUUUAAUAAAAAUUUCUUUAAGGACUGGCAAAAAGUCUUAAAGAAAUCUAAGAAUAAUCACCCAAUCAAAGAUUUUGAAAAAUGUGAUUUCACCCCGAUUUUUGAAUAUUUUGAGCAAGAAAAAGAACGAAAAAAAAAUAUGUCAAAAGAGGAAAAGGCAAAGUUAAAAGAAGAAAAAAUAAAAUUGGAAGAAAAAUACGGAUAUUGUUUGUUAGAUGGACGUAAAGAGAAAGUUGGCAAUUUUCGUAUUGAGCCGCCUGGUUUAUUCAGAGGGCGCGGUGCACAUCCUAAAACCGGAUCUUUGAAGUUUCGAGUUCAGCCCGAACAGGUAACAAUUAAUAUUGGUAAAGGUGCCAAAAUUCCAUCACCACCAGCGGGUCAUAAAUGGGCAGGUGUCAUCCAUGAUCCCACAGUUACUUGGUUAGCGACCUGGAAGGAGAAUGUCAAUGAUAACAUUAAAUAUGUUUUCUUGGCUGCUAAUAGCUCUUUAAAGGGUCUAAGCGACAUGAAAAAAUUUGAAAAAGCACGGGAGUUAAAGAAACACAUCGGUAAGAUUCGGAACGAUUAUCAAGCAAAUCUCCGACAUAAGAACACUGCUACACGCCAAAUGGCUACAGCUAUGUAUCUGAUUGAUCGUCUGGCUCUCAGAGCUGGUAAUGAAAAAGACACUAAUGAAGAAGCUGAUACCGUUGGAUGUUGCUCCCUUCGUCCUGAACACGUAACACUCAUCCCUCCAAACACAGUUAGAUUUGAUUUCUUGGGUAAAGAUUCUAUUAGAUAUAUCAACACUGUAGAGGUUGAAGACCAAGUUUUCAGAAAUCUUUCAAUAUUUAUGAAAGGAAAGGAUGAACCAGAAGACCUAAUAUUUGAUCGAGUAAAUACUCAGGAGUUAAAUAAGCAUCUGUCUUCAUAUAUGAAAGGACUUACAGCCAAAGUGUUUCGUACGUAUAAUGCGUCGCACACUUUUCAGACACAGUUAAAUGAUUUAACUCAAGAAGAUAGUUCGGUAGCCGAAAAGAUAUUCGCUUAUAAUCAAGCAAAUCGUCAAGUAGCUAUUCUUUGCAAUCAUCAACGUUCUGUUAGUAAAGCUCAUGGAAAUCAAAUGAGCAAGAUUGAGGAUAAGAUAAAAGCUUUCAAAUAUCAACGAAUGAAACUUAAAAAAGCCAUAUUAGCCUUGGAGCCAAAGUUAAGAAAGAAACGAUCCGAACUUCUUGAGGAAGAAUCUGAUCUUGAUGAAGAAUGGAUUAUUGAAUAUGAAAAACAAUUGAUGGAGAAAGAACGUGAGAGAGUUCAAUUGAAAGCUUUGCUUCAUGAAGUUGAUCAAAAGGAGAAAGAACUGGAAAGAGAACGCAUUUCUGGUAAAGUCGAACCUAAAAAAGGCUUAACUGUGGAGAAAGCGGAAGAAAAAAUUCAAACUUUGAAUGCAAAAAUCAAAGAGACAAAACUUUUAAAGGAUGACAAAGAAUCAAAUAAGACUACUGCAUUAGGUACAUCCAAGAUCAAUUACAUUGACCCUCGUAUUUCUGCUGCUUGGUGUUUAAAAUACAAAGUGCCUUAUGAGAAGAUUUUCAAUAAGAGCUUACGUGACAAAUUCAAGUGGGCUAUGGACAUAGUUGAUGCGGAUUGGCGAGCUAUUCAGAAAAAAAAAACAAAUAUGAUCGAAAAUGCGGCAUUGAUAAAGCAAGGAGCUGAAGCACGUGUGUACACAGCGACUUUCCUAACGCGAACUGCAAUUAUCAAAGAACGAUUUCCCAAAACCUAUCGUCAUCCAAUUCUUGACAAUAAGCUCACUACACGACGAGUCCUUCAAGAAGCAAGAUGUCUUUUCAAAUGCUAUCGGUCUGGUGUCGAUACUCCUAUACUAUAUUUUGUUGAUAUAGAAAAUAAUGCAAUAUAUAUGGAAUUUGUCAAAGGAAAAACUCUCAAAGAUUUAAUUACUGAGAUUGGAGAGUGGUCUAGCAAACAACUUACAAAGAAGAUUGGUAUAGCAUUAUCGAAAAUGCAUGCAGCUGAUGUUAUACAUGGCGAUUUGACAACAUCAAAUCUUUUGUUAAGGGAAUCUAACAAUUCAUUGGUUGUUAUUGAUUUUGGAUUAAGUUACAUAUCAUCAUUACCAGAGGAUAAAGCUGUUGAUUUAUAUGUACUUGAAAAAACCUUUUUGAGCACACAUCCAAAUUCGGAGGCUAUGUUUGCAGCAAUAUUGGAAACAUAUAAAAGUAAUUAUAAGGCUUCCAAAGAUAUUUUAAGUAAACUAGCUGAAGAGGGCGUAAGCGAAGUAUGGUUGGAUAAUAUUAAUUUACGAAGGCUAA